AGCCUGUUUCUUGUAUUCUUAUGCCAACAAACACUCUCAUCUCAAACACCAUAAAAGGAGGAGAGUUUCCUGGUUUUUGUCUUCCUCUACUUCCACAAACUCCAUCUUUUCUUCCUUAGUUUUCUUCCUCCAACAUCACCAAAAGUAGUGAAACAAACACUUACUAGUUAGUUUUUAAAUUAAUCAAGGGAACAUUAUUUUUCUUCCCUUUUUCUUAAUUUUGCUAUGUCAAACAUCACAAGUUGUGAUAGUGGAAGCUUCUCUACAGAGAAUAUCAGAGAUCAAGAUGGAGUUAAACAUCAUCAACAACAAAAUGAAAUACUUGGUCAAUUUCAUAGUCCACAUUCUCAUACUUCAACAACAACUACAACAAAUAAUAGCAAUGGUUCCAACACUAAUUUACAACCACCUCUUAAGAGAAAAAGGAACCUACCAGGAAAUCCAGAUCCAAGUGCUGAAGUGAUAGCUUUAUCACCAACAACACUAAUGGCUACAAACCGAUUCGUAUGUGAAAUAUGCAACAAAGGUUUUCAAAGAGAUCAAAAUCUUCAAUUGCACCGAAGAGGACACAACUUGCCAUGGAAGCUUAAGCAGAGAACAACAAAUGAAAUUAUAAAGAAGGUUUAUGUUUGUCCUGAACCUUCAUGUGUUCACCAUAACCCUGCAAGAGCACUUGGGGAUCUUACUGGUAUUAAAAAGCACUUUUGCAGAAAGCACGGUGAGAAGAAGUGGAAAUGUGAUAAGUGUUCUAAGAAAUAUGCUGUUCAAUCUGAUUGGAAAGCUCAUUCUAAAAUCUGUGGUACAAGGGAAUACAAAUGUGACUGUGGAACCAUCUUUUCAAGAAGAGACAGCUUCAUUACCCACCGAGCUUUCUGUGAUGCAUUAGCUGAAGAGAACAACAAAGCCAACGAAGGUUCAGUACAGUUAUCAAACAUGCAACACCAACAAAUUCCAAAUCUCGUUUCUUCAAUAUUACCAAUGAACCAAAACAACUCACCAAUCGUUGGAGCUUCAGAGUUCAAUCUUUCAGAUCACAAACAUCCAUUAUCAUCGCCUCACGAUCUCAUGUCAGUUCCUGUAAAGCCCUUCAACAGCAAUAUAUUCACGAGAAGUCUUUCAUCGUCAACUUCAUCUCCUUCUCUUCAACUGAGUUCAAAUAACUCACUCAACAACAUCUUGGAAGAAAACGGUUCACUCCAUUUGUCUGCAGCUGCAACCUCGCCUCACAUGUCAGCCACUGCAUUGUUACAAAAAGCAGCUCAAAUGGGUGCAACCGUGAGUAGUAAUAGUAAUGCAGGUAUGGUUAUGACUGAUAAAACAACCGUCGCUACAAACAUGAUGACGCCGCCGCCGUUAUUCGGUAUGGUGCAACAACAAGGACAUUCUUUCAUGAACCACUACAUGCAACAGCAACAACAGCAACCUCAGUACAUUAAUAAUAAUUUCAAUGGAAAUGUGAUGUUAAGUGGAGGAGGUGUUAAUGGAUCAAUGAAUGGAGUUGAUAUGUUUAAUGCUAUAUUGGAUCAAAGUAAGGCUUUAUCGAAGAUCAUUGAACAGAACAAUCAAACUCAAAGCAUGAACAAUGUUGGAGGAGGAGGAGGUGCAUCGAGUAAUAUUAUGAAUAUUGGUGGAAGUAAAGGAAGUGGUGGAGAUGUAAUGACACUGGAUUUAUUGGGGAUAGGAGGAGGGGGUGCACAUGGUAAUUUCUAUGGAGGAGGGGGUGCACAACAACAACAGCAACAAGCAGAAAGUGCUGCAGCAGCAGUAGCAGCAGAUGAGGUUUGGAGAAAUUGGUCAACCAAGAAUGGAGGAUUUGAAACCUUUUCAGCAACAAGCAACAUUUGAAAAGACCACCACCUGAUUUGGUUGGGGGAACCAAGAAAUAGUUAAUAAUAGUAAUAAUAUUCAACUUUUUUAGUUAGUGGGUUGCUUUUAUUUUUGUUUUUAUCUUUAUAGUAUUUAACUACCCACACCCCCCUUCCUUUCGACCAUGACACAUCAAAUCAUUGGUCGAUUUUGCAUUUAUGACAAGCUAGUCAGUGUAAGUGUAAUAUUGUAGACUCCUUUGGUAUGAUAAAUUUGUAUUCAAACGUUACAGUUGCAAAUCAUUAAUUAAGAAUUUUCAUUAGA